AUGAGCCGCUACCAACAGAGCUUGGAGCAGCAGUUACAACUGCAAGAGAAAAAAGGCCACCACCGGCGCACAGUCGAUCAUGGAAAUAGCAUGGGCCGUUGGCACAUGCAGCGCAGUUUAGGGCGCACAAGGUACCAUUUGGGCGCAGCCAGGCCCGAGCUGUCGUAUCUCGUGGAUGUUUUGCCUGCACUCGCGUACAAAAACGACAAUGUGGCCGGAAACGCCGCGGCUUUCGAUAUCCAGGCGAAGUUUGUGCAUCUUUCGCUGAACAAGGCGAGACAUCUGAUCAAUGCCGUGAAAUGGACCCCCGAAGGCCGGCGGCUAGUCGUGGCGCUGCAUAGUGGAGAGUUCACCAUCUGGAACGGCAUGACGUUCAACUUUGAAACGAUCAUGCAAGCACACGACUCCGCCGUUCUAGCGUUGCGCUAUUCGCAUUCGGACGAGUGGCUUCUUCUGGGAGACCAGGACGGCGCUAUCAAGUACUGGCAGCCCAAUUACAACAAUGUCAACAUUGUGCAAGCGCACGGCGAUGCUGUGCGCGACAUUGCCUUUUCCCCCACCGACAGCAAGUAUGUCACUUGCCUGGACGACUCCACGCUUAAGAUCUGGAGUUUUGCAUCUGGUCGCGAGGAACGGGUCUUGACAGGCCACCACUGGGACGUGAAAAGUGCCGACUGGCAUCCAACGUUGGGGCUCGUGGUGCUGGGCUCGAAAGACAACUUGGUCAAGCUAUGGGAUCCACGUACGCCUGCGGCCGUGGCCACGCUUCUUGGCUUCAAACACACCGUGACGAAAACGAAGUUCCAGAAAGCUGGCACGGCGCGGCUUUUGGCCUCGGUUUCCCGCGAUCGCCUGUGUCGUGUCUUUGACUUGCGUGCCAUGGCCGACUACACGGUGAUUCGAGACCACGAGGCCGAUCUCCUGUGUGUGGAAUGGCAUCCGGUGCAUGCGCUGCUUUUAACCACGGCUGCCUACGAUGGCGCUAUGCACCACUACUUUUUGGACAAAUAUGUGCCAGCAGAUGUGGACCAGAGCGGGCCAGCGUCGGUUGAAGCGGUGCACCGCAUUCCGUAUGCACACGAAAAAGCUAUCCAUGCGUUGGAGUACCAUCCGUUGGGCCACCUUUUGUGCCUGGCCGGUAACGACAGGUCUGCCAGAUUUUGGCUGCGUGCUCGGCCAAAUGACCCUAUGGCGUUCAAAGAUCCAUUGUACACCAACGACAAGAACGGUGCGUGGUACUAUGGUGUUAAUAAUAAUGUGAAUGCGGUGUUGGAGGACACCUCGCAUGUUGUGGAGCAGGAGCGUCGUGGUAUUCCGGGAUUGAACUGA